AUAUUUCGAGCUAACCUCGUGGAGCUGCAGUUCCCGCUCUGACCGCAGGGGGCUGGCUUCAGGCUCUCCAGCUGACUGCGUGUUUCUGCCUCAGCGGCUCCUGGAAAUGAGAUCCGACCCGUUCUCGCGGCUCACCUGCCUCCGCCUGAACCUGCUCUCCGACGACAGGCGGCGGCACGCGGCGCGCGCGCGCGCUCAUUUCCCCGCGGCCCCGCAGAGGAUGAGGACUCCGUGAUGUUCAACGGAAAGUACUCCCCCACGCGGCCCCCGCUCGCGGACGAGUCCCCGCUCGGCGUCCAGGCGCUGCUGGUCACCAAGCCGCGGCCGAGUCCUCCCCACGAGCCCCCAGAGGCGACGUGGCCGCCGCCGGGGGCAAAGAUGCGCGUCCCCAAAGCCAACAAGGGCGCCAUGGUGGUGCGGCCGGUGCGCCGGCACCCCUCCCUGCCCUCCACCGACAUGGAGAGCCGGGACGCCGGCUGGGGGGAGAGACGGAAGCCGGAGGAGAAACCGAGGAGCCUCGAGGGCAGGAACGGGGCAGAGGCGCACGAGGGCGGCCCGCACCGGGGCAGGAGGAAGAGCUUCCGGCCCCCCGACGUCAGGACCAUCUUCACCCCCGGAGAGAGGGACCCCCGCGUGAAGGAGGAGUCCGGGGAGGGACACACGUUCGAGCCCGGGGAGUUCACCUGGUGUGACGUCUGCUGCGCCUUCAUCCUGCAGGGUGGGCUCACCUGUACAGGCUGCAAGUAUGCAUGUCACGCUGCCUGCCGGAACAAAGUGUCGCUCGACUGUCAUCCUGUCAGCCAGGACCGGCUCAACAACAACAGCGCGCCGCUCCAUGAUGUGGAGAAGGAGCGGGAGCAGCGCAGAGAGUUCAGCACGGAGGAGAUCCGGCAGAAGAUCGAGGCGUACAACUCCAUGACCAAAGACCACCUGAAGAUGACGCUGGGGUCCAGCAGCGAGUACACCGGUUUCAUCAAAGUUCUGAUGGAUCUGCGGCGGCCCGUGACGGUGCGGGGGGGCCAUAAAGGAGCCACGGUUUCCGAGGAGGCGUUCUACCUCCCCCAGGAGGUCAACAUGAUCCUGCACAUCAGCUCCAACACCACGGCCAGACAGGUGGUCGUCGCUCUUUUAGGGAAGUUUAAAGUGGUCGACAACCCGGCCAAAUACGCGCUCUACAAACGCUGCCGGAGGGACGAGCAAGUGUAUGUGUGUAAACUGGCGGAGGUGGAGUGUCCGCUGUUUCUGCGUCUGUUGGCCGGACCGGACCCGGACUCGCUCAGUUUGGUUCUGAGGGAGCAGCAGACCGGAGAAGUCAUGUGGGACGCCUUCUCCAUCCCAGAGCUGCGAAACUUCCUGCUGAUCCUCGACAAAGAGGAGCAAGAACAGAAGGAGGCGCUCGUCCGCCGCUACAAACUUUACCGGAACAGACUUGAAGAAGCGCUCAGGCAGCACAGAGGGCCGCCGCACAGAGUUUAGCCUCUCUGAAACAGAACUGCUGCCCCCUACAGGGUCGGAGGAGGCGCCGUUUAGUCCGCGGACUCUGGAGAGGAUCAAGUGCCUGGAAGGUGGGAUGAAACGGAGGAACUCUGAAGGAAGGAUGAGCAGAACAGACGGAUGUUUCGCCAAAGACUGACUCCACUGUGCCAAACGGAUCCAUCCUCUCUCUGUUCAUCCCUCCGCUCUUUCCCACUCUGUCUGCUGUCGUUUAAUUUAUGCACUUCUUCAGUUUCCUCCUUCUCCUUUACGUUAAACUUGUGAAAGACUCGAGGCCAUAUGUUGGGUUAUUUUAAUUUAAUUUGUUUGUUUUAAAGGUCUGUACAGAUUUUUUUAUUUAUAUGGGUGAAUCCUUGAUUGUUUUUUUUCUUUUUUUUACAGAAAGUCUUAUUUUAUUUGAUCUUAAAGACGCAGAAAAUAUAAUUUUUUUUUUUUACACAGACAGAGAAAAAUGUAUUCACAAGAUGGAAAGACGAUACGGGAAUCAAACUACAGCUUAGGAAAAGUUUGGGUUUUAAACAACAAAAAAAAAAUUUAUGUUUGCUCAAUCAGGUCAGAAAUAAUCAAAAAUAGCUGAAAUUUAUGCUAAGUAAUUACAUUUUCUUUAAAGCAACAAACACAUUUUUGUUAAAUUGUAUGGAAUUCCAAGUGUGCCAAAAAUAUACUUUUUUUUCUUUAUUGUAAAUUAUAUUUAAUAUAUUAAAAAUAUAAUUUUAAUUGUAGUUAUAGUACGGACAAAAAAUCAGCUAUUAAGUUAUUUGUUUUUUUUUUGGACAACAACAAAAACAUUUAUAGUAAAUUUACCCAUAGUCUGCCGGGUGUUGUUUUUUUUCCCACCAAAAUAUUGGGUGCUCUGUUUUAUUGUUUACAUUCUUUAGAUCUAUAAGACUUUUUUUGUGAAUCAGGUUUAAUCCGGCUCAUAAGAUGGUUUCUUUUGUUAUAUUAAUCAUAUUUGGGUUUUUUUAUACAUUCUUCUUUUUUUGUAAAUUAAUUGUUUCAUAAGUGAGGAACAAAGAUAAUGAUGGUUUCAGACACUGAAAAAUUCAAAUAAGCUGCAAAUUAGGGCAAAAUCUACUGAGAUUAACCCCUAAUUUUUUCUUAAUAGAAAAAAAAUAUGCUAUUUAGAUGCUAUUUUUGAAAUAUUUUUUUAUUUAGUACUGUAGGUAUUUUGUUAAUUUUGGCAUUCUUAUGACUCCAUACUUUAAAUUGUACUGUCUUUUUUAAUUUUGGCAUGCUCCUGACUCCAUACUUAAAAUUAGUACUGUAAUUAUUUAGUUAAUUUUGGCAUUCUUCUGACUCCAUACUGAAUACUGUACUGUAGUUGUUUUUUGUUUUUUUUUUUGGCAUGCAUCUGACUCCAUACAUGGUGCAGAUGAAGGUACAGAGAAACCUGGAGAGUCACAUUUGGGGUUGAAGUGACUGGAAAUGACCUUUUGGCGUUAGGUAUGGUCACAUGAUCAAAGGACUAAAGCUUUGUGAGCGCAGGAAGUUGUUUGUGGUGGCGUGAGACAGGUUUUUGGAGGUUGACGGGACGGUUUAGAGUACGUAGUUUAGAUACGAGAAGGCAGGGGAGCAGACGAGGAACAGAAAAUGAGUUAAGGAGCAGCGUGACUGCGGCCUUUGGGACGAUGAAGGGAUCUUUUUGUCAAACCACGAGUCCCUUUUUAAUCAUCCGCUCCAUCACUUUAUUGCAUUUGAGGAUCUGUGGAGGUGCUGAUGGAGCGGGAACACAAGGCCGCUUUGUUGCUCCCAGCUCGUCUGUCUGCAGAGGUUUUGAGCUUUUAUGCUUUAGAAAAACAAAGACAGGAGAAAGAAAAGAUGUUAGAAAGUGAAAUGAAAGGAUCAAAAAGUAUUUCAGUGUAGUAGAUGUAGGUCGCUCACAAAGACGGUCCUCUUGGUUCUGUUGCGUCUCACUAAACACCAAAAAAGGUUGUUUUUGUUCUAAAAUCUUAUUUUUAUUUUUUGUUUAAAGUCAUUUCUGACACAAUCGUAUAAAUUGGCUCCAAAAAACGAGUUUCUGCAGCUGCUGAAUGACGUCAGACUGACGGCGCUGCAGCUCCGCUGAGCAACGUCGCCAUCUAGUGAGCAAAUCCUGCAACUCUUCUGAUUUCUGUGUCAAACUGAUAGAAGUUUUUUUAUUUUACUUUUACAACCAAAGAUGUUUUUGUGGUCUUGCCUGGUGCAAAAGUCUUCUAGAGGCCUCUUCCCACUGGAGGGAAAAAUCAUAAAAAAUUAUUUAUAGAUUUUUUUUAAAGAUUUAUUCUUCUAUUCAACACUGGGUUCGUUUUCUUUGUUUUUCCAAAGAGCUUUCUUUAAAGAUUAGCAUUUUACAAGCGGCUGAGAACCAAAGCCUUAAACUUAAUGGACAAUCGUGUAGCAUCAUGGGAAAUGUAGUUUCCCUGGUUUAUGUGGCCCAUGGGGAGCUGUUGAAGCGGAAAUGUUUUUUUUUUUUUUUUCAUUUUUACUUUUCGGUGUAAAAAAAAAAUCUCUGAGAAAUAUAAUCAAAAAUGCCAACAGAACUUCAUUAUUAUGAUGAAUAAUUGUGUUGGUUUGAGUUUAUUUAGUUUACCGAUCCUGUAAAAAUGACAUUAAUUGAUGCUCAAACUUGUAAAGGAAAUUUCACAAAUGUCAAACCCGAAAAAUGUUCAGUUGUUGGAAUAAAAACCAAAUGAAUUUC